UUCAAUAACCCACCCGUUGCAUAAAACAAUACGAGCGUAUUGUUUUUUAACCAAAACUGAGGAUCAAGGAAGAAAUGUGCAAGGUAAAAAAAAAAAAAAAAACCCUUUUUGGAAAAAACGACGUUAAGCGUGCAAAUGAGCGGUAAAACGUCACGGCAGUUUCCGCCAAACAGUCAAGUGUGGCUGAUAUCCCGCGAAAAGCUCCGGAGAAGAAAAAAAUUCCCGGUCCCCGGUUUCAAUCAACGUGUCGGGGUAGAUAUUCUCGAGCUAAGCCGAUUUUUUUUUACGAUCAUGGCUGGAAAAACGAAGAAGGAGGUUUUGCAACGACCGGAGGUCACCGAGCGAAAUCAUGCCGACCAGGACGGCAUCGUCGAUCCGGAAAGCUGCAUCAAGCAUCCGCUGCAAUUCCAUUGGACGCUCUGGUAUCAGGAACCGGAUAAGGACAAAUCGUGGGGAGGCAACCUGAACGAGGUGGCCACCGUCGGUGCCGUUGAGGACUUCUGGAAAUUAUGCAACCACAUCAAGAGCCCGUCGGACCUGAAGACCGGGGGCGAUUGUUCGCUGUUCAAGCAGGGCAUCCGCCCCAUGUGGGAAGACGAGAAGAAUUUCCGCGGCGGCCGGUGGGUGAUCAACGUGCCCCGGCAGCAGCACCACGAAUUGGACAAAUAGUGGCUGGAUACGAUAUGGUGUCGAAUUGGCGAGGUUUUCGAUAAUCCUGAAGAAAUUUGCGGUGCCGUCGUGGAUGUUCGCCCGAAGAUGAAUGAAAUUGCGAUUUGGACCACCACUGUCAUGAACCGGGACGCGCCGAUGCCGGAGAAAGCUGUAAGUCAAUUUCUUGCCAUAUUCGAACCAUAAAUUAUAAAGAGGUUGGGUAAAUUUGUUGCCAGAAAAUUAAA